UGGAAGUAAGUAACUCACAACGCCAGACUGAAAGACAUGUUGAGGAGAAAACUGUUUGAAUCUCCCAGUCAUCCAAAAGGGGCUUCUGAAGAUCAAAAUUCUGAACUUUUUGCCUCGUCUUUGGAAACCCGGCGCUCCGAGCAAGUUUCCAGGUUUUUCCCCGGCGGCCAAGACGCAGCCCCCGCUAAAUCUUUGGCUGAUGCUUUUUUGGAGAUUCAGACCAAUUUGAAUAUGCGUUUGAAUCAAAUCGACUUUGUUAAACCACCGGUGCAUUAUGUGUAUAACCCUACGGAAUACGCGCACAUUCCUCAUGAACUGUACCACAAAAAGUACUGCUCAGCACGAAAACCACUGCUCCUUGUGGGGAUGAAUCCCGGCCCGAAUGGAAUGUGCCAGACUGGCGUUCCUUUCGGCGAUCCGAAUUGGGUUCGGAACUGGCUUCAGAUCGAAGGUUCCGUGUCAAAACCGGCCACAGAAUGCCCCAAACGGCUCGUUCAGGGCUUCAGGAGCGCCCGCAAAGAGCCAAGUGGCGACAAGUUCUGGGGAUUUUGGGCUGCACGAUGUGGAACAGCUGCUAGUUUUUUCCAAAACGCUUUCGUUCACAACUACUGCCCCUUAGCCUUUAUGGAGAGCAGCGGGCGGAACGUAACUCCAAGUGAUAUGAAGAUUAACUCCGGCGAAAAUUCGUGGAAAAGUUGACCGAAACUUAAACCCGCAAUGGCUUCGUUGGACUCCAGCGCAACUGGCAUAAAAGUGCAAAAGAUUCAAACGCGAUAGUCACAAAAGCCUCUUAAUUAAACUCUGUAUGUUUUCACCAUCCAGCAU